AUGAUUGGACUUCUUCUUUUUAUAACAUUUACAAGUACAAAUGCUUACAGAUUUAUAGUACCAAAUAGAGCACAGGAAUGUGUAUAUUCUGAGAUUAAAGACAUUGAAAAAGUUAUUGUUGAAAUUGGAGUUAUUUCAGGAGGUAAUAAAGAUAUUGCAUUUACAGUUACAGAUCCAUCUGGUUCUAAUAUAUAUUCAAUUGUUUAUGAGGAAGGUAAAUACAAUAAUUAUAUUUAUAUCAAUACUAAAACACCAGGUGUUUAUUCAUUCUGUUUUGAUAAUACAAUGAGUCUUUAUACUUCUAAAUUAGUUGAAUUCAAAUUACAACUUGAACAAAUUCAACCAGCAACAGAACAAGAAGUGAAGUCAAUUAAAACUAAACUUCAACAAGUCUCAACAUAUUUAAAUGAUGCUAAAAAUGAUCAACGAAGAUUAAGAAUUCGAGAAAAUCGUAAUAGGCAAACUGGUGAUGCUACUAAUUUAAGAACCACUAUUCUUUUCUUAAUUGGUUGUUUCGUAAUUAUGGCAAUGGGAUGUUUCCAAGUUUGGUAUAUUAAGAGACAAUUUAAGAGAGGUAGAUAAAUUACUUUUGAAUUUCUUC